AUGGCGAGGUUUAAAGCCAUAGUGGGACUCUUCUUGUUGUUGAUGAUCUUUGGGUUUGGAAGGGUGGAAGGUUAUGAUGGAAAGACUUGUUGUAAUCUGGCGAAGAGCGAAGGGGCUUUUGUUGGGUUGGUCCCUGACAACCAGACAUGCGGCCAGACGUACCUCCCUGGUCUGCCACCCGCCGAACCACUGUACAUCUCCUAUCAGUUCUGCAAGACGAGAUGCAGUGGGAUACAACUAUCAAAUGCUACGAUAGCGAACGAAUGGAUUGCUCCCAUUGCACAAUUCAUCAUGCCCUUGAUCAUCUUUAGCAUGAGUAUCCCACGCCGGAAGGAGAUCGAGUUCGCGAAUCUAUUCGAAUUCCAGUGGCCGAGAAACCUAACACGAUUCGCAUGGUUCAAUAAUUUCGUCUUACUAUUCGUGAGCUCAUUAUGCUUCACAGUUAUCCUUAUACCUGUGACUAUCGAUACGAUCAUAUGGAUUGCAGUUAUUAUUGUGGGGGCGGGAAACAUGCUUGUUGGAGGCCUUUACGAAGCACAUCUCGACUAUCGGAUUGUCAACUUCGUGAGGGAUUUGGGUCAUGGUUCGGAUGAAGGAAAGCUGAGGAUGAAGAGGGAAUUGCUCGUCACAGUAACGUGUGGAAACCUGCUUUUGGACAAGGGCAAUCCCCAGGAGUCCAUUCCGAAAAGCAUUACGAUUCCAGGGUUGGAUACAACUGAAGGUGAUCAGAGUAGUAGGUUCCGGCUUCUGAAUUUGCUGGGAUCACAGGCCAGCUUUGGUGGCACUGUGGGAAGUCCAGUGCUCUUCUACCUUGCGCCGUUCAUUUAUACCAUUUUGGAUCUCCUGGAGAAUCCGAGUGAUGAGGACUCGGCUAUUUCGCUGUCCUUUGGUAUUGAGCUUAUGAUUAUUGUUCAUGUUGCCAUCAUCAGUGGAUGUCUCCUAGCCAGCAAUAAUCCAAAUACCGCUGCCGGAAUCGUUGGAACUGAUCGAGGAUGCGGAUAUCGACAACAGUGCCUGAGACCUAGUCAUUCGUUCCACAUUCGCGGAACACCACAAGACCGAUGGACAUGGGAUCGAUUCAGCCAUUCGAUCUUGGGUUGGAGCAACACUUAUGAGACCGAGUUCCAACCAGUAUCUCUUUGGAGUAGAGGUACGAACAAGAUGAAAUGGAUCAAACGAACACAAGCUUGGAAUGAAGAUGAGACCUUUCGGAAGACGAUGGAAUUUACCUGGCGGGGAUGGAUUCUAAAGGUUUUUAUUCCAGCAUUACUUCUCGUCAUAGUUCCUCCCUUGGCUGGUGGAACUGUGGCUUACAUGACGCCACCCCGUGGAGUUGGCUGCAGAGCUCUGAGUAUCAUGAUCUAUGGCUUGUGUCAGGUUUUCAGCGUUGUCCUGGCACUAAUCCGCUCGGCGCUCGAAGAUGAUGAUCGUGGAAUCUUCUUACAGUAUCUUUUCACCGGCUGGCGAUACUGGGCUCUAUCAUCUCUAUGUUGGUUCGGCUCGUUGGUUGCAGCAGUUGGAGGCAUGUUGUUGCAGAUAGUGGGCAUUUUCAGAAAUUGUGUCUGUCAUUCAGCUGCCGCCACUAUAUGGUGGCACAUCAGUGAAGUCAAUCCAGCUAUCAACAUGGCGACUGAUACGCAAGAAGCUCGCAACGCGUCGUAUUGGUGGAUGUGGAUGGGUGCUAUUUCAACUGUUUUCAUGGUAGUCGUCUGCUACACUGGCUGGUGGUAUCAACGACUCGUGAGACGAAGAUUCGAGUACGCGGUUGAGGAGUUAUACAUCCCGCCUAGAAUUGAGGGUCUCACUGCUGGACGACCGAGUAAUGAUAGACCCGAUUAUCCGUUUGGUAGUCAUGAGGAUACGGAACCUCUGCUUGGCAGAGACGAGACGUUGCAGGGGCUUGAUCCUGUGAGGUUGAGUUCGAAAGGACGUGGAGGAGUGUGGAGCAUGUUGGGGAAUCAUGGGAAUUCGUCGAGUGUUAGCCUACCGCUUAUUAGAGUUUCUCUUGAUGAGGAUCGGGAGGAGAGUGAGCGUGAGGGGUUCAGAAUGAGUCCGUUGCAGAGUCCGAAGAUGACCUGA